AGCUGAGUUGGAUUAGUGGUAGUAUUAAUCCGACAGUCACGCUGUGGAGAUUUAAUCCGGAUUUAGAUCGUGAUGGCCAUGCAAUGGAUCCAUCUCAUCCUACCCAUCAGUUUGCGAAAGUGCUAUUAAGAAAUGUUUUUACCAUAAAAAGGAAAGAAGGCGAAAAUUUGGAACAUUCGCUUUAAUCGCCUAUAACUCGAAAAUUAAAGUACGUAGAAUAUAUGUACUGUGUUCGCACGUCGUUUCUUACUUAUUUUUCUAUGGAGGUUUAUUCCCUGAAGUAUUGAAAUGUGAUCAUGAUUAACAGAUAUCGGUAUCGCAAUAUAUUUUUUGUACUAUCCUGUUUCUUUCUUCAGGUUCCGACUUGCAUUUAUGUAAACGGUCAUGGACGUUUAAUGGACCCACCUGCACGGAAUAGUAUGUGGCGUUUUGGAUAUCCGAAUCCUGUAAAUUACAAUGACAAUGAACUCUUCUGUGGAGGUUAUGCAGUGCAAUGGGUGGAGAAUAAAGGCCAGUGUGGAGUGUGCGGUGAUGCUUAUCACUUGAAAGAGCCGAGACCACACGAGGCGGGUGGCGAAUACGCAAAGGGCACUAUCGUUAGACAUUACACGGUUGGUCAGGACAUCGACGUCGAGAUCGAGCUUACAGCCAACCAUUUAGGAAGAUUUGAAAUGUAUCUUUGUCCAAAUAACAAUCCAAGGCACAUAGCAAACCAAGAAUGCUUUGAUAGAUAUCCGUUAUAUAUAUCCGGAACCCGAGACGUCCGAUUUGAGAUACCUCCAGACACUGAAAGAAAAGCUAUAUUUCGAUAUAAGGUAACUUUACCACCGUAUGUUACCUGUACGCAGUGUGUGAUACAAUGGAACUAUUACACUGGUAAUAUGUGGGGCACCUGUGAAAAUGGAACCGAAGCUAACGGAUGUGGAAGACCAGAGACGUUUCGAAAUUGCGCUGAUGUGAGCAUCGUUACUAGCACAGCCGGAGUACCGCCUCUCUUUGUACAGCAGGACAAUCCCUUUUUGCUCUAUUACAAAGACUAUCGUUCUCCAAAUAACAUAUUUCCGCUUGUCGUUAGAUCUCAAGUAUGCAUGUCCACUCUUCUUUAUCGGCGUAUACCAGGAAUGAAUGACUGGUGUCAAACCAACUGUCUUCGCUAUCCGCCAAAUUGUCCAGCAGCUAUUUGUCAAUGCCCGGAAUUGUGUGAUGCGAUUGGAGAUAUUGCUGGCAAAGAUGGUGCAAGCGUUUAUUGCAUGGAUAAGUGUUUAGUAUACCCUUCCAAUUGCCCCUCUCAACGUUGUCGCUGUUAUUAAGCAAAUUUCAGUUACGCGUAGACAACUUGGUGCGUAAGCGAUUGUAUCGUGAAGCUUUAGCUCGACGAUUCGACGAUUCGACGAUUAACGAUUAACAAAAUGAUUGUAACUCGAUAAUGUUUAUCAAUUUUGGCAGAAAUAACUAGAACACCGUUAUGUCCAUAUUUGACGUUUAUCGUCGAAUGAGAAACUUAACUAAACAAUUGUAAAUGAUGACGCAGAAAUGAUAUCUAUGUCGUAAUUUUAUCGAAUUUGACAUUUGAUUAUGUAUAGAAAUAUGACUGAUAUUUAUCGAAAAACUGCCACACCGUCCACGGGAGCUAUUCCAUUUACUUUGUAACGAUCUAGCGUUAAUGCUUGGUAAUUCUAAUAAUCUCUUGAUAAUCUUUCCCACUUGUGUUUUACGCGAUGAAUAAAUAUUUACAUAAUGUUUGGUCCUGUUAUAUAAUAUUAUUGAAAAUAUACAUAAUAUUUAUUAGAAUAAGGAGUAAAAAAGAAAAAUUACUUGCUCCGUUACAAUAUUGUGCGUUAUCAUUAUCGUUAGUAUUGUUAGUUUCAUUUGUAUUUUUAUUAUUAUUCGUUUAUUUAGCAUUAAAUAAUUAAACUCGUUAUGUAUGAAAUUACAAAUAUACGACAUAUCCUAUAGGCAUGAUUAAAAAAACUUGUACGACUACUUUUAAGAUUAAUCUUUAUUUCGAAGAAGAGACGAAAAGCUUGGAAACUUGUCACUACCCUCGAUUGUUCUCGAUAAAAAAGAUAAAAUAGGAGAGAUGUUAGGAAUAUUCAAGAGAACACAGACUUUAAUCUCACUAUAGUAUAUUUAGUAUUAGGACAUUCUAUUGACAGCUUAAAAUAUUACGCAUGUAUCACAUAUUAUAUAUGUAACGAAUAACAUCCUCUUUGCUUUUAUGUAUACGCAUGCAUAUGCGUGUAUACGCAUACAUACCUUCGUACGCGUAAAUGCAGUUACAUUUAACGAAACGAUCAUUUAUUUAAAUACAUGUGGCAAAUGUUCUCAAUGCAACAGCUCCCUUCACGCACAUUAUAUGUAUAUUUGCGCACUUGUGUACACAUCGCAUUGUGUCAACUGAAUUUCGAUUUUACAGUGAAAACUUGUAAUUCAUAUCGGCCUCGAUUAAUAUCAACAAUAUAUUUCGUCGAUUCAA